UUGGAUUCCUGAGUGGUUGCAGAAAAUAUCUGAAAUGGAGUACGGAAGUUGGAUAUUUACGAUGAGUCACGUUCAGACAAUACAGUCCAUAUAUGGGAAAGUUGACAAAAACAACAAAAACAUUAGUUUCAGGUAGGGACGCCGACGUUUUAGCUUUAACAUUCGUUUCAAACGACCGUGGUCUUUAACUGGCCGAUGCUACUAAAAUGCCAUUCCAUGUAAUGCAUGAGAAUCCACCACCGGAGUUUUGCUCCGUCUAUAGACCAGAUUUCCUAGUUGGAAUUAAGGGGAAAACCCGUACACGCAGAGUGCUCGCGGGUAUAUCACUUCGGUUUUAGUGCGAUACCAAAAAUUGUGGAUGUCAAAUGUUAUUGUAAUGCCAAGCAGCCUUGUAUUUUUUUUAAAUUAACAGCAAUGGAUUUGAUUGCCAAUGGUAAACAAUAGCUUCCUUCCUGCUCUGGACCACGGAAUUGACGUGUGGUCUUACAUCACUGGCUUGGGAGUGAUUCAUCUCUUCACCCAAACCAGAGAAGAUGCUGCGCGUGUAACUGUGACUGCGUUUUCAACAUCAACCAUUUCAUCUGCUGCCGUGGGGUCAUGGAGGAAAUACUACGGAAGCUGCAAAAGGGAGCCUCGGGACACAAACACAAAGCCAUCCGGGAUGCCUGCACUCUUGCUUGCGAAACACUUGAAACCCAGAAUGGCUCAGUCAAGAUCUUGCCUUGUCAGCUCAGAGAAAGAUGCCUGUUACCUCUUCGGCUGGCCCUGGAAUCCAAAAACACCAAGCUGGCACAGACGGCCCUCACUGGCAUACAGAUCCUUUGUGAGGACCGCUUUGUUGCCGCGGAUACAGAGAUUCCCGAGAAGCAGCUGCUGAAUCAGGUGCUGGAUGCUGUCAAGGUGACGCCCACCCUUCACGAGGACCUGCAGGUGGAGGUCAUGAAGGUCCUGCUCUGCAUCACAUACUCGUCCACGUUUGAGAUCAAAGGCAACUCAAUCCUGAAGAUCGCUGAGGUAUGCAUAGAGACGUAUAUGUCCAGCUGCCAUCAGAGAAGCAUCAACACAGCCAUCAGGGCCACACUUAGCCAGAUACUGGGAGAUCUAACACUGCAGCUACGGCACAGACAAGAAGGGGUGGGAGUGGAUGGGGAGGACCUACCAGCACAGCUGUCACAGCGAAGAGAUCUCUCCCCCACCACUGAAGCACUGUACGAGGAUGUCGUAACUGUCCUCACUGUCUUCUGUGAAAAACUGGAAGGAGUUGGCAUUGAAAACCAGCUGCUGCAGCUACUCUAUUUGGAGUGCAUUCUGUCCAUGCUCAGUAGCUGUCCUCCCACAAUGCACCUGAACCGCGGCUUCAUGGACCUCGUCUGGAAACAGCUGUGUCCAUCACUGGUGGUGAUCAUGGGGAACCCCGUCAACGACAAGACCAUCACCUCCGCCCAUGGAGGGGGACCCCAGGAGUCGGACCUGGCGGCCUCGGGGGGCGGCUCGGGCGUAAGCGACCACGGCCGUGGCUCGGGCUGCUCCUCCAGCACCCCCGCCAUGAUCGGGCCGGUGGUGCGGACCAUCUGCUACGUGGCGGCCGAGCUGGUGCGGCUGGUGGGCUGCGUGGAGUCCAUGAAGCCCGUGCUGCAGUCGCUCUACCACCGCAUCCUGCUGUACCCGCCGCCCCAGCACCGGGUGGAGGCCAUCAAGAUCAUGAAGGAGAUCCUGGGCAGCCCACAACGUCUGUUUGACCUGGCUGGUCCCUGUGUCAUUGAACCAGAGUCCAGGAAGAGGUCUUUCUCCAAGAGGAAGUCCCAUCUGGACCUACUCAAACUGGUGAUGGAUGGCAUGACGGAGGCCUGUAUGAAGGGUGGCAUUGAGGCGUGCUACUCCUCCGUCUCAUGUGCCUGUGCCCUCCUGGGGGCGCUAGACGAGCUCAGCCAGGGGCGUGGCCUCCAGACAGAGCAGGCCCGCCUCCUGCUGCGAAGAUUGGACGAGAUGAAAGACGGGGCGGAGUCCACCCGGGAAUCCCUGGAGAUCAACGAGGCGGACUUCCGCUGGCAGCGGCGCAUCCUGUCAGCCGAGCACGCCGCCUGGGAGCUGGGCACCAGCGAACGCAGCCCCGACAUCAGCAUCAGCGUCACCACGGAGACAGGCCAGACCACCCUGGAGGGGGAGCUGGGCCAGACCACUCCGGAGGAGUGCGGGGAGGAGCCGCGGCUGCACUCGCCGGCCUCGUGCGAGACGGCAGCCGACUCGGAGAUUCCUCCGUGCGUCCGUGAGCCAGUUCCCCCUGAACCGCCCGACGUGGUCCAGCGGAGCCAUGCGCUGGCCUACCCGGACAUCACCAACUUCCUGUCGGUGGAGGCCCGCACGCGCUCCCAUGGCGGCGGUGGUUCGCGCUACAGCGAGAGCAACUUCAGUGUGGAUGAACAGGACCUGUCGCGCACGGAGUUUGACUCGUGCGACCAGUACUCCAUGGCAGCCGAGAAGGACUCGGGCCGCUCGGAUGUGUCGGACAUGGGUUCGGAGAACGGCUCGCUGGCCGAAGAGGAGCAGACGCCGCGCGACUGCCCGGGCCAAAGGUCGUUGCGGACGGCCGCGCUCUCCCUCAAGCUGCUCAAGAACCAGGAAGCCGACCAGCAGAGCGCCCGCAUCUUCGUGCAGUCGCUGGCCGGGCUGCUCCCACGCCUGCUCCUGCUGCAGAGCUCGGCUGAGGUGGACGCUUGCCUCCAAAACUUCUCCUCCACCUUCUGCACCGGCCUGCAAGCAGGGCUCCGAAUUGGCUUCGAGGCCAGUGAGAACCUGAGCUGCCAGGCCCUGAUGAACGCAGACGGCCUCUACCUAGUGUCCUACUACGCCCUGCUGCUCAACCUGAAGCUCUGCUGCUGCGACUACUACCGCAGGAAACCCUUGCCUGCUCUCGUCACUCUGAAAGAGUUUAUGCGUCAUAUCCAGAGCAGCGGGGUGCUAGUGGUCCUCUCCCAGGCUUGGAUCGAGGAGCUCUACCACCAAGUGUUAGAGCACAACCUGCUGGGCGAGGCAGGAUACUGGGACUCCCCCGAGGAUCACUCCCUGCCUCUCAUCACCAUGCUAACAGACAUUGAUGGCUUGGGCAGCAGUGCCAUAGGGGGUCAGCUGAUUCGGAAGGCCUCCACACAGUCACCCUUUCUCUGUGACAAGAGUGGCAGUGAUACAAUGAUGGCAGGUAUGGUGUUUGCGCGCUACAUCCUGACGGGCUGCUGGAAGAACCUGAUCGACACGCUGUCGGCUCCGCUGACGGGCCGCAUGGCGGGAAGCUCCAAGGGCCUGGCGUUCAUCCUGGGCGCCGAGGGGGUGAAGGAGCAGAGCCAGCGUGAGCGGGAUGCCAUCUGCCUGAGCCUGAAUGGCCUGCGUAAGGCCGCAGCCCUCAGCUGCGCGCUAGGUAUCGCUGCCAACUGUGCAUCGGCUCUGGCCCAGAUGGCUGCAGCCUCCUGUGUUCAGGAAGAGAAGGAGGAGAGAGAAGCAACAGAGAUGGGGGACACAAUCACUCAAGUUAAGCAGCGUAUGGAGCAGAAGUUAGAGCAGAUGUCUCGGCCACAGGGCGUGCGCCUGCACACGGCACAUGUCCUCUGCAUGGAUGCCAUCCUAAACGUGGGGCUGGAGAUGGGCAGCCACAACCAGGACUGCUGGCCACACGUCUUCAGGGUGGUGGAAUACAUCAGCUCCCUGGAGCACACCCACUUCAGCGACGGCAGCAGCGCCCAGCCCCACCUGGCCAUCACGCAGGCCCAACAGGCCGUGGACCUGGGCCUGGAGCCGGAGGGCGAGCCCAGCCCAGAGAGGGAGCUGAGCCUGGGGCUGAGCCAGCCGGUCAUCCAGCCUCUGUCCAUCCCCGAGCUGCUGAAGGAGGGCGGCCGGAGGAAGGGCCUGGAGCUGCGGGGGGGAAGCCUGCUCACAGGCCCCAGCGCAGCCAAGGCUGUGUGUACGCUUUCUACGCAGGCCGACAGGUUGUUUGAGGAUGCAGCCAGUAAACUGAACCUGGUGGGUCUGGUGGGAUUCCUACACCAGCUGAGAAAGGCCUCCCAGUCUCAGCUGUUUGACUCGGUCACUGAGACUGGAGACUACUCCCUCGCCAUGCCAGGUGAAGCAAAGUCCACACAGGACCGCCGUAGUGCUCUGCAUCUCUACCGGCUGGGGGAGGCCAUGCUGCGCAUCGUGCGGAACAAGAGUCGCCCUCUGCUGCAUAUGAUGAGAGCCUGGAGUGUGGUAGCACCCCACCUGGUGGAGGCAGCCUGCCACAAGGAGCGCCACGUAUCCCAGAAGGCCGUUUCCUUCAUCCACGACGUUCUGAUGGAGGUGCUGACCAGCUGGGCCGAGCUCCCGCAUUUCCACUUCAACGAGGCCCUCUUCCGGCCCUUCGAGCACAUCAUGCAGCUGGAGUUGUGUGACGAGGACGUGCAGGACCAGGUGGUGACCUCCAUCGGGGAGCUGGUGGAGAUGUGCUCCCCCCAGAUCCAGUCAGGCUGGAGGCCCCUCUUCAGCGCCUUGAGGACAGUCCACGGGGGCAAGAGCGACACCAAGGACUACCUGAUCGGGGAGUACUCCAUGGGGAAAUCCCAGGCCCCUGUGUUUGAUGUCUUCGAAGCCUUCAUCAACACAGACAACAUUCAGGUGUUCGCCAAUGCGGCAACAGACUACAUUAUGUGCCUUAUGAAAUUUGUCAAGGGAUUGGGAGAGGUGGACUACAAGGAGAUUGGAGACUGUGUGCAUGUGAUGGGCUACAGCUCCACGGACCUGUGCUUGCCUGCGUUGGACUACCUGAGGAAGUGCUCUCUGCUGCUUGCCAAAAUCUACAAGAUGCCUUCCAAGCCGGUGUUCCUAGGGGCGCGGCUGGCCAGCCUGCCCUUGAGGGUGCAGGAGCGCUCCGUCAGCAGCGAAGACGGCAUGGACUGUGUCCUGGCCGAGUUUGACGAUGACACAGGCCUUAUUCAGGUGUGGAUCCUGCUACUGGAGCAGCUGACGGCUGCUGUCUCCAACUGCCCGCGACAGCACCAGCCUCCCACCCUGGAGCUGCUGUUCGAGCUGCUCAGAGAUAUCACCAGGAUACCAGGGCCAGGCUUUGCCAUAUUCUCUGUCAUCCAGCUUCUCCUGCCCGUGAUGUCCCUGUGGCUGCAGCGUAGCCAUGGUGACCACUCCUACUGGGACAUAGCUGCGGGAAACUUUAAGCACGCCAUCGGGCUCUCGUGUGAGCUGGUGGUGGAGCACGUCCAGAGCUUCAUCCAUUCAGACAUUGGUUACGAGAGUCUGAUCAACCUGAUGCUGAAGGACCUGUUUAAGCUGCUGGUGUCCUGUGUGGCCGAGCCCGCAGAGACCAUCUCUAGAGUGGGCUGCUCCUGCAUCAGGUAUGUUCUGGUGACUGCUGGGCCUGUCUUCACUGAAGAGAUGUGGCGCUUAGCCUGCUGUGCACUGCAAGAUGCCUUCUCUGCCACUCUGGAGCCUGUCAAGAACCUUCUAGCUUGUUUCCGCAGCGGGUCGGACAGUUUUUCAGGCGAUGCGUGUGAGGUGAAGGUCGCUGCCCCGUCCCACUCUCCCUCUGCCGAGGCAGAGUACUGGAGGAUCCGUGCCAUGGCCCAACAGGUCUUCAUGCUUGACACUCAGUGUUCACCUAAAACCCCCAGCAAUAAGGAGGGAUUUGAGCAUGCUCAGUCCUGCGUACUGAUCAUAGAGCUGCCCCCUGACCAGCACUCCAACGGUCACACGCAGAAGAGAAAAAUUGGGAUCCCAUUUAGAACCAUUGUGGUGAGCCUCCUGUCCCAUCAGGUUCUCCUUCAGAACCUGUAUGACAUCCUGCUGGAGGAGUUUGUCAAAGGCUCCGGUGGCAGCACUGAAGGGGACAGCCAGGAGCGCACCACGCCCGUCUCAGAACCACGAGCCGCAGGGUUCCUGCGCUACAUCUCCAUGCAGAACCUGGCCAUCAUCUUUGACCUGCUGUUGGACUCGUACCAGACGGCCCGGGACUUUGACACGCGGCCCGGCCUCAAGUACCUGCUGAUGAAGGUGUCUGGAGUCAGUGGGGCAGCCAACCUGUACCGCCAGUCAGCCAUGAGUUUCAACAUCUACUUCCAGGCACUCCUGUGUGCCACGCUGACCAACCAGGAGAACAUCACUGUGGAGCAGGUGAAAAGGAUUCUGGGAGAAGAGGAGGAGGGCAGCUCAGACUCGUCACAGCCCUGCUCCUCAGAGGACGAAGACAUCUUUGAGGAGACGGCACAGGUGAGCCCGCCGCGGGGUAAAGACAAGCGUCAGUGGCGCGCCACCAUCCCAUCCCUGAGCUCGCAGCCGGCCAGCGGCGUGGACUGGGCCUGGCUGGUCAAGCGGCUGCACAAGCUCUGCAUGGACCUGAGCAACAACUACAUCCAGAUGUACCUGGACCUGGAGAGCAGCCUGGGGGCCAGCAGCGUGGAGCCCACGCUGAGUCACCGCGGCGACCCGCUCUUCUUCCUCCCCCUCUUCCCCUCCGAGAGCUCCACGCCCACCCCCUCCACCACCGGAGGGCCCUCGAGCAAGGGAACCCCGUCUGAGGAUAGCUUCCGCUGCAACCCCUCAGUGGAGACGCUGGGCGAGGAGCCCCCACUGCAGACGCCACUACCAACGCCACCACCCUCUGCGGGCAUCUACGGCGGCAGCCUGCCCCAACUCCGAGGGGACGGAGGACCACGGGAGCGCAGCGACUCCACCAGCCGCAAGAAGGAGUGGUGGGAGAGCGCCAGCAACAAGCUCUACACCAUCGCCACCGACCGCACCAUCACCAAGCUUAUGAUCGAGUACAAGCGCCGCAAGCAGCAGCAGCAACAGCAGAGCCACCCUAUCUCCCAUCCACACCCAGCCUUCGCCAGGGAGUCCAAGCCCAGUGAGGCAGGCUCGCUGAGGGACCCAGAGUCCCCCGCACCCCAGAGGCCCCAGCAGCUGGUGGACCAGGGCCCCAUGAGGCACUCGUUCAGCGCGGGGCCUGAGGUGCUGAGGCAGGAGAAGAGGCCUCGGUCGGGCUCCAUGGCCAGCUCCCACAACAUCUCCCUCAGGGACGCAGAGGCACAGAUACAGGCAUGGACCAACAUGGUCCUGACAGUCCUGAACCAGAUCCUGCUGCUGCCCGACCCAACCUUCAUCGCCCUCCAGGCCGCCGUGUUUCCCUGCAUCAGUCAGCUGACCUGUCACGUGACUGACCCUAAGGUCCGACAUGCUGUCAGGGAGUGGCUGAGUCGGGUGGGUCGGCUCUAUGACAUAAUCCUGUGAAGCGUGUCAUCGGGAGGCAUGUCGCUACCCUUUUUGAAACGUGUCCCUGAAGGUCGUCUGGAGGUCGUUGAAGGUCAGGAGUAUUUUUACGUAGGCUUGGAAUGAAGGGAGGAAGCGAACUUGUUUGCUUGUUUGUAUGUUUAUGUUGACCAUGCUAGCGCUCAUGUGGUACUUCUGCUCUCCUCUUACUGAUUUGUGUGUUUUUUUUCUACUGAAUCAGAGCUUUUGCAUACUUCAUUAAUUUCAAUGAUGUAUCAUAGUGGCCAGUAUGUUUAUUUAUGUUUAUUUAUGUUUAUUUAUUGUAUUUAUUGUAGUGGCCAUUUGUUUAUUUCUGUGAAUUAUUGUAUAUUUUAUUUAUUUGAAUGCUUAAUAUAUUCAGAAUAUAAAUAUCUAUUUUAAUGAAGACUGAAUGUUUUUGUCUGACAUUUUGCAUAUACUGUAGUACGAAAAUCAGAUGUUGUGCCAUAUAUUAUACACGCGAUACAUGACCCUUGGAUGAUAUCCCCACUCCAUUUCUGUUUUACCUUUGGAAGGCAGAUAAUCAGGACUAUGCUGUUUAUGCCAAGUCACUUGAUUGAAGUGUUUGCGUGUGCAAGCAUGAUGUGACUGGUGGUUUGCAUGUCUGUCUCCGACUAUGUUCAUAUCCAGAAAAUUCAAGUGUUUAAUUAAAACCUGUUUUCUGUAUGGAUUACAUGCUGAAGAUAAGUUCACUUAUCCUGGAAUCAAUAGAUUUUUAAUUUACCUAACUAAACAAACAUUGACAUUUAAAUCAUGUAAUACACAGGUUGUGCUUUACAGUACAGACACAGCAGUAUCUCUGUGAAACUGAACUUUGGAAAUUUGGCAUUGCAUAAAUUCAUCCAUCCAUCCAUCAUGCUGCCGGUGGAAAUAUAGGCACCUUGGCGUGCCAAUCAUAAUGAAUCAUUUGUAAACGCGGAGGAAGGGUCAUGUGUGAAACUGCUGUACUGAACCUACUGAUUCAUUCUUUCUUCAAGUCUUUCGAUCCUCGUGUUGUUCAUUGUUUGUGUAUGUAACAAGCUGUUUGUUUGGUGAUUUACUGAAUUCAGUCAGCAAUUCAUUACUGAUUCAUUGCACUCGACAGAAGUGAUAGAAAGUUCAAAAUGGUCCAGUUUAUGUUAUGCUCCAAUUUCCAUUUUCAUAGUGUUCUAAGCUAUGCUUGUGCUAGUGUGCAAAGGCAAUGCCCUGCUUUUGAUGGUGAAGACCAAAGAUGAACCUUUUUCUUUGUUGUUGGUUUUGUUUGGACAGAUUAUAGGAUUUGUUUGAGUGAGUUGAUGACCCAUACAGUAAACACACUUCCUUUAAA